CAAAUGACGUAAACAUCAAUGCGAACAUCGAUAAACUGUUGUCGUUUGAAAUAUUUAUAUCGUAUUUAAGUGUUACAGUGGAAAAAUUAUCGUAACAUUGUAAUUUCCUCUAGUUCUAGUAUAAAAUUUUCGCAUGAUAUUCAUCACAUCGUCAAUGACCAUCGCUUGAAGUUUCUUCCUCUAUCAAAAACACCAAAAAUCACUAUCAGUCGUCUGAACCUGAACAUACAGAAGAUAAACUGAUUUAUUAAUAUUUGAAUUAAUUUUUUAUCGCUGGUCUUUCUUUGAAUCAUCAAGAAUGAAAGGAAAUGAAUCAAACCUUUCAAAAUACAACGUCUUGCAAUCAGCAUUAUUUUCAUUCAUUACCCAUUGUAGACUCUUGUCGAAAGUAUGAAAAUGGUGCUUGGCCUUUGCCUUCGCCAUCUCUGUCUGCGAAUAACAUAAUGCCACCAACUGGAAGCGAAUUUAUUGCUGUAACUAAUAAAAUGAAUUCGUUGCAAAGAAAAGCUCAAGUCAAACUUAACACCAUGCCAUGGUUUCAUGGCAAAAUAUCCAGAGAAGAAGCUGAAUCAUUACUUAAUCCGAAAGAAAAUGGAUUAUUCUUAGUGCGAGAAUCUACAAAUUUUCCUGGCGAUUAUACGCUAUGUGUUUGCUAUCAAGGAAAAGUCGAGCACUAUCGAGUUAAAUAUAAAGAUAACCAGUUGACUAUUGACGAUGAAGAAUUUUUUGAAAAUCUAUCUCAGCUCGUCGAACAUUAUGAAGAAGACGCUGACGGUCUUUGCACCCAGUUGACUAAAUGUUUGCCAAAGAAAGGUAAACAGGACUUUUGCGUGGAUACUAAAGCAUUUGUUGAUGCUGGCUGGGUUAUACAAGAACAUGAACUACAGCUGAAUGAAUGUAUAGGUAAAGGAGAAUUCGGCGAUGUAAGAUUAGGAACACUGAGAGGCGAAAAAGUAGCUGUAAAAAUUUUAAAAAAUAGUAGUGAAGCUGCUCAAAAAUUCUUGACUGAAGCUUCGUUAAUGACAUCUUUAAGGCACGAAAACUUGGUUCAACUUUUGGGUUUAGUGUUCGAUAGUAAACAUUGUAUAUUAUUAAUUACCGAGUAUAUGAGCAAAGGAAGUCUAGUGGAUUAUCUCAGAUCCAGAGGCAGACUACACGUCACGAAAAAAGAUCAAAUAAAUUUCGCAGUUGAUACUUGCUCAGGAAUGGAAUACUUGGAAUCGCGUAAAGUGGUUCAUCGCGACCUUGCUGCUCGUAAUGUUCUGAUAUCGGAGGAAGGAGUAGCCAAAGUUGCCGAUUUCGGAUUAGCCAGAGAAGAAAAUUAUAACGUAGACUGUGGUAAAUUACCAAUCAAAUGGACGGCUCCAGAAGCCUUAAGACAAGGGGUGUUUUCAAAUAAAUCAGACAUGUGGAGUUUCGGAGUACUAUUGUGGGAAAUUUAUUCUUUCGGCAGAGUCCCGUAUCCACGAAUUCCUCUGGCUGAUGUUGUGAAACAUGUUGAAAAGGGUUAUAAGAUGGAAGCCCCUGAAGGUUGUCCUCCCGAAAUAUAUGAAAUCAUGAGACAAGCCUGGAAUUUGCAACCCGAACGAAGACCUACUUUCCGAGAUAUAAAAACGGAGCUAAUACGAAUCAAAUACGUCACUUCUUGAUCAUAAUUGAUUAUAUUAGUUGUAGUGCAAAUUGUUAUAAUUUUUUUCUGUGUUUUAUUGCGGUUGUGUAUUUUCUUCGUCUUUUUUUUCAAUUAUUUAUUUAUUUGCGUUUCAAACAACGUAUUAUUGUUUUCUCGUUUAUAAAAUUGCAUUGUGUGCGCAUUGAUAUGCUGUGUAUAAGGUUGCCAAUGCAACAUUAUUUUCUGCUUAAAGUUAAUCGAGGUAAUGGAUUCUUGUCUAUAAUUAAGCAAAAUAUUUUCUAUUUCAAUACGAAUCCCCCGCGCAGUUACAUUUUUCUGAUUGAGCCUUCCCUUUUUCUUUUUUUUUUUUUUUUUUUACAUUUAUACGAUUUUUUAUCAUUGUGAAUGUUUUUAUUUAUGUACAUUGAGCAGUAUUUUUAAUUUGUUUUUUUGUUUUGUUUUUCUCCUUCAUAGCUACUUUUAUAGCAUAACGUGGCGUUAAGUUGAUUUUAUUUUUGAAAUGUUAACCAGUUGAGCAGUGAUGAUCUGAGUUCAACGUUGAGUUGUGUUCAUUUUGGUUUAUAUCUCUGUUGGUAUUUUAUUUUCUUUUAGCUGUAAUUUUACAGUAUUUAUAGUCUAUGUAGGAUGUUCCAUGUGAUAAUGACGCUGGAUCGUCCAGCGUUUUCUUAAUCUUCCAAUAGUUUUCGUGUUGUUAGGUUUCAGUAUUUAUUACGUUAGAUGCUUUUCAGUUAAGUAGAAUGCUCAUUAACCUUGUAUUGUUCUUCGAAUGACGAGCUGGGAUGAAUACUCGCGUAUAAUUUGAAAUAUGUGAAUGACGAUUGUUUAUUUUAGAAAAUUAGUUUUUAAUCGUUAAUUUAUUGAUAAUAGGAAUACUUUUAGUAGUUUAUUCAACUACGGAGCGAAAGUGAUGUUCAAUGCGUUUCGAGGUUGAUUGCCUGAGCGAAGCGAAUGCGAAGGAAAUGAUUCAAAAUCGUCGAAAAUCACUUUUGCUUUCGGGUUGGAUGAAAUAUUUUUCGUUAUGAGGGAGAAAAAUGCCAGUAUUUACUCCCGAAAAAUCAUAAGCGGGAGCAAAAGUAGUACUUUUUCUCAUUUAUAACGAAAAAGAAGAUUUUCCCUAUGGUGGUAUGUAAUGUCAAAAAACUUAAAAUUUAGAGUUUUAAUAAUGCUAGAAUUUUAAUUAGAGGGUGGAGUGUUUAACUGUUUAUUAUGAAUUUUUUUCUUGUUUCAUUUUUUAAAAUUCUGUUUGAAAAUAUUAAUUUGUUUGAAGAUUCGUCAUUUUUUUACAAUAGAUGAAGGAAUGUUAUGAAAAAGUAAAUUUAGAAUAAUUCGUAUUUUUAUUACGAUUUUUAUAACCUUUAAUUUUUAAUAAUUUGAAUGAAAUGCCGAUGUCGAGUAAAUAUUUUUCGCUUUUGUAUUCCUAUUCCAUUCGAAUUAUUUUUGCGAUAAUAAUGUUUACUUUUCAUUGACAUUUACAAUUAUGCAUUUUAAAAAGCUCACUUCGAGCAUUUUUCAAGUUCAAUUUCGGCCUUUAUUAAAUAUGAGAUAUUCUUCUCUAUCCGCGAGGCUACGCUACUUGAUGUUAAUUUUUUUUUUUGCUAUUGUCUAAAUAUCCUACUUUUUGAAUAUUAGAAUCGCAUUAGUUUCAUUUCAACGAUUUGCUUAACAUUUUGUGCGCUAUUUACAAAAUAAUGUAGGUAAGAUGACAUUCCAUCGAAGAAACUCAAUUUUUGGAAUGACGUAGCAAUUUUUUUCAAUUUUUCACAAGACUCGGGAUAUAUAAUAUUGCGAACCCACAAUUAAAAGACUAUAACUUUAACGCUCAGGUUUUUCUUCGCGUUUUUUCUCACAAUAUUUUCUUAUGACGAAAAUUUCUACGAUUUAAAAUACCGAAAACGUUUACGCUUCGUUCGUUUCUCAUUCUUUGCAUUUUUCUCCGGAGAAUUUA